AUGGCAGAAGCAACCAAUAUAGGAUCUCAGGAACUGCUGACUUGCUUGGUGUGCCUGGACAUUCUGAAGGAGCCGGUCACUACCCCUUGUGGGCACAAUUACUGCAUGGAGUGCAUCACAGGUUGCUGGGAGCAAGCUGGAGCCUACAGCUGUCCUCAGUGUAGAGAGACUUUUACCCCAAGGCCAGUGCUGUGCAGAAACACCCUGCUUGCAGAGGUUGUGCAGAAACUAAAUAAAAGGGGCUCCAACUCAGCUUUGCCCCAGAACUACGCUGGACCUGGAGAGGUUGAGUGUAGCUUCUGUGCUGGGAGGAAAUUCCGUGCUGUAAAGUCAUGCCUCACUUGCCUGGCCUCAUUCUGUGAGACUCACAUUCAACUGCACUAUGAGGGGGCUGCAUGGAAGAGUCAUCGACUAGUCAGCCCUACUGGAAAUCUGCAGCAAAAGCUCUGUAUGCAGCACCAGAGAGGUCUGGAGGCUUUUUGCAAAACUGACCAGAUGUGCAUUUGCCUGUUGUGUGUUGCAAAUGGACACCGAAGCCAUGAGACUGUGGAACUAGAGGCAGAAAGGGCAGAGAAACAGACCCAAUUGGGGGCUAUAUUGAUUGAAAUCAGAAGAAAAAUCCUGGAGAUAGAAAAGAGCCUGGAGGAGGUGAGACAGACUGUGAGGUUGGUUAAGGUCUCUGCAGACAGAGAAGUGCAGGAAGUGGAGAAAAAUCUUAUUGAUCUGAUCCGUGCCAUUGAGGAAAUCCGCAGAAGAUUGACUGGACUGAUCAGAGAACAGGAAAGGUGUGAAUCAAGAAAAGCUGAAAGGAUCAUGGAGCGACUGCAGGAGCAAAUGGAUGCUCUGAAGAGGCAAGAUGAUGAACUAGCAGAUCUCUCCAAGACAGAUGAUCAUAUUCACUUCCUUCAGUAUUUCCCGACUCUUUGUAUCCCUCCUGGUGAGGGUGAUUCACUUAGCAUUACUGUCGGCACAGACUUCUCCUCUGAGGACUUGAGGAAAGAGCUGUUAUGUUUGAAGGAGCACUUGGAUGAGAUUAGCCAGAAGGAACUUGCAAAAAUCACAGAGAGAGGUGAUGGUAUAGUUUCCAUGCUCAGAUCACCAGAGCCAAGGAGCAGAGAGGACUUUUUAAAAUAUGCAUGUCACCUUACAUUGGACCCCAACACGGCACACACACGCAUUUCUUUAUCUGAAGGUAAUAAGAAAGCAACAUGGAUGGAAGAGGCUCAGUCCUUUAGUGAUCACCCUGACAGGUUUGAUUGUAAGCUCCAAGUUCUCUGUGCUGAGGGCCUGUCUGGAACCCGCUGCUACUGGGAAGUGGAGUGGAGAGGUGGGGCAUGGAUAGGUGUCACAUAUAAAGGAAUCAACAGGAAGGGACGGGAUCUUUCCUGUCUUCUUGGAUGGAAUAACAAAUCAUGGAGUUUAUUUUGCUCUAGUUCAAGCUACAUUGCUUGGCACAAUAAUAACAAGACAAAGAUCAGUGCUCCCUGCUUCUCCAGAAUUGGGGUAUACCUGGACUGCCCAACUGGUUGUCUGUCAUUUUAUUGUGUCACAGACACAAUGAUGCUUUUGCACAGGUUCAUGGCUACUUUUACUGAACCUCUAUAUCCUGGUUUUGGACUCCACCCUUAUCUUGAUUCCAGUGUUACAAUCUGUGCUCCAGACCAGUCUUCUCAGUUCUGACUUGUCCCUGUCUAGUGUAAUCAAGUCUGAUGUAGAGAUUGAA